UUCGGAUCUUUCUCUUCGAAUAGAAUCAUGGUAAAAACAGCUGUUUUAGCGUCGCCUUAAGUGAGGUUAGGCAUAUACGAAAGGUACCGCAUGGCUGACAUGGUUAUCGGCAGCUAAAUUUUUUGUUAAAAGACAACAUGUUAUGCCCGGAAACAUGGAACUUGGAACCACUGCCAAAUUACACCACCACAUUACACCUGGAUAUGAUAAAGAAUGGAAAUAUAAUCACAUUAAUGAAGAAUCAUUACUUCAAUCAUUCCAUAUCCAUGGUGCUACCUGAUACAGUUACUGUUCCCCAAAAUUUACACAAUUGUCUGUCAGAAGAUACAGAUUAUUAUCGAGUAAACAAAUUAUGUGUCAGCGACCUUUUAAACACAGAAUUUAUCGAAGCUUUUGUUAAAAAAGUAGUGAGAAUUGAUCUAACAAAUGACAGUUUCAUUCCUGGUAAAAAGAAUUACGAUAGAGUUCGGAUAGCGUUGGAAGAACGACUGACCCAGAAGUUUGAUGUUAUAGUAUCAUGGGAUCCACCAGAGAUCAGUUUAUGCCCGUCGUCUGUAGCAGCAUGGUUUCACGCACGCAAUUAUAGCGUUUCUCUUUGUUGCCAGAAAUUUUCCCAAAAAACCAAAUAUUCAUUAACAAUACCUACUUAUGAGAACACAUAUAAUAACACCGAUAUCGAUUUCUUUGAAUGGCUUGGAGUCUUCAGCAUUGAUGGUGAUCUAUCUACUAAGGGAGAAGAUAAUUAUGCAAGUACAUAUCAGUGCUCUUCUCCUUUCAUACAUGUUAGACAGGUGCAGUAUUUACAGUGGACUGGAUUUUUCACACGACAAAAGAUCCAAGAAGUAUAUAAUACUCUAAAACAGUAUGUAUUAUCACAAGAUGCUUUACCAUGGAUUAGUUUAGACAUACAAGGAUUUGCAGACAGUCCUAUUAGCUUCGAUUUGAAAGAGCAUACUUUCUUGACUGACGGAGACAAUAGUUAUACUGUUGUAUUUCGACCGAAAAGUAAAGUCGUUAUACGAAGAAAUUUAAGUUCAAAUAAUAAGAUAAAAAUACAUCGUUAA